AUGGAAUAUGAUCACACGGUUUUUGUUGAUCAGUAUCAGCACCAACAGCAGAAUGCAAGGCAUCGGAGAAGUGAAACGAAUCAUGAUUCGUCUGAAAAUAAAAUUGAUCCCAACGGAGGUAGGGAAAGCCAACAGAAGACUGAAUCUGAUGGGAGAGGUCCCAAAUUUUUUAUCAUUCUUCUAAUGUUACCAUUGUUAAUUUACUUGUUGGCUUAUAUGCCAUUUCCAGAGCCUGAAUAUUCUUUGCAUGAAAAUCAAUCCUAUAGUAUUCCUAUGGUUACAGAGAAACAUGGCGUGGAAUUUUUUGUCAAAUCAUCAAAUUUUGAUGUAAGAUAUCCUCUUGGAAGCCCAGCUCGAGCUGAAAUAGAGAACAGUGUGAUAAGGGAUUAUCGAAACCUUGUUUCGCGUUAUUGUGACGUAGAACUCCAAGACUCCAGUGGAAUAAAAUCUCCCAACUCCUCACUGUGCAAAGCUGAAUAA